AUGGCAGAAGCAAAGAGGUAUGCUGUAGUAACAGGAGCUAACAAAGGGAUUGGUUUUGAGGUAUGCAGACAGCUAGCAUCCCAUGGAAUCACAGUGGUGUUGACUGCUAGAGAUGAAAAGAGGGGACUUGAUGCUCUUCACAAGCUCAAAGAAUCUAGUGGCUUUUCAGAUGAUCUUCUUCUAUUUCAUCAGCUUGAUGUAGCCAAUCCAUCUAGUGUUGCUUCCCUCGCCGAAUUCAUCAAGAAUCAAUUUGGAAGGCUUGAUAUAUUGGUGAACAAUGCAGGAAUCUCUGGUGUCCAAGUAGAUGGUGAUGCAGUAAAGGCUGCUGCUGAAGUGUCACGAGAAGCUCAAUGGGAAGUUUUGAAGAGUACGAUGUCUAAGACUUACGAGUCGGCACUAGAAUGCUUGGAGAUAAACUAUUAUGGUGCCAAAAGAAUGGUUGAAGCAUUUGUACCACUUCUGCAGUUUUCUCAAUCACCAAUAAUUGUCAAUGUUUCCUCUUCUGCGGGCAGGUUGAAGACUAUACCCAGUGAACGGGUAAAAGGGAUACUAAGUGAUGUCGACAACCUGACAGAAGAGACAGUAGAUGAAGUGGUGACUGCAUUUCUGAAAGACUUCAAGGAAGGCUCCUUAGAAGCCAAUGGUUGGCCUGAAUUGUUUUCAGCUUACACAGUCUCAAAAGUAGCCAUGAAUGCGUAUACUAGAGUUUUGGCUAAGAAGCAUCAGAAUAUCAAGAUCAAUUGCCUCUGUCCUGGUUACGUAAAAACUGACCUAAACUACCACUCGGGCAAGCUAACUGCAGAAGAAGGUGCAGAAAGUGUUGUCAGGCUUGCUUUGCUGCCGGAAGAUGGCCCUUCUGGCUUGUUUUUCAUUCGUACGGAAGAAUCACCCUUCUGA